CCUGACCACGCCCCCAGCCCCUCACUGGGGAUUCUAGGCGGGGCUCCACCCUGACCUGCCUACCCUGUAUCAUUGUGUUGUGUAGGGUUUAUGGUAGACCUUGUCUGGGAGGGCUCGGCUUCUCAGUCCUUCAGGAGUGCAGGCCUGAGAUCUGCUGUCGCUGCAGCACAGGUGAUAAAACGUGGGACCCAGACUUGUUACUCCAGCACUCUUGAGUGAGCUACGUGCCAGUCCUCUUUACUGUUGUAGUUGAGGCUGGCCUCGAACUCCUGACCCUCCCACCUCCACCUCUGGAGUGUUAGGAUCACAGGUGUGCACCGCGGACAGGCACGGCUCUCUUACUUUGUAGCUGAGAAGGCGCUGCUGUGUAGUCCCAAAUGCUAGGAUGGCAGUCAUGGCCCCUGCAUACAGCCCAGUUUGCGGUUCUUGGCUCAGGCACUUCCUCUCAUGGCCACUGGAAUCCAAACCUAUUCGUGGUGUUGGCACCUGGAUGCUGUUUUCCAUUUCCAAGGGACAUUCCUGGGGUCCCCCUUAUCUCCUGACAGGCCCAGAGAUAUAUCUUGUCCAGGCCAGCCGGGCGUAGCUCAGGCAGAGUGCUUCACAUUCUUGGGUGGUGACAUGGCUGAUUGGUCCUUGGCCUCAGCCGCUACCUUGAAAGCUGGGUCCUGAGCAGCCUGGGUGCAGGGAGGGCUUCCUCUCACUGGCAGCUGGACACCAGUGGAAAACCCACUCCCACACCUACCGCCCCUGGCUGGUGAUGGGGAGUGGCUGAGAAAAGGGGCUAAUCCCUAGGAAUGUCCCUGCUCACUGGGCAUCCCUGCCCCACCUUCUGCUGGCCCUUUGGCCUGGGUCUAAGGCACCACCCACCCCAGGGCAGGCAGGUAUGCAGAGCUGUGUAGUCAGGGCAGAGCCUUACGUUCGGGGACCUAUUUCAGACUGAAUUCUGCACUCGACAACUGCUUUCAGUUCUGAGAGUCAUUGCUGUUUCUUCUCCUUUUUGUAAGUCUCAUGUAGCCCAGGCUGGCCUUGAGCUAAUGAUGCUCCUGCCUCAGCCUCCCCAGUGCUGAAAUGACAGGCCUGCACCAUCAUGUCAUUUUAUGCUGUGCUUUGUGUGGACCCCAGGGCUCCCAACAUGCUCAGCAAGCAUCCUACAAACAGCUCUAGCUCUGUGUGUGUGUGUGUGUGUCUGUCUGUAUGUCUGUCUGUGUGUAUGCGCAUGCAAAACUCUGGAAUCAGGUCUCCAUGUGGCUUCUGCAACUCUCAGGUCAGGUGGUGUGGCAAGGGCUUUACCCUGCCAAGCUCUCACCACCACUUACUGUGUUUUGAGACGGUCUCACUCUAGCUUGUGCUGGCCACAACCUGCAGCAAUCCUGCCCCGGCCUCCUGAGUGACCAGGAGUGAGCAGCAUGCACUGCCAUACCCAACAUCAGUUUUAUUCCUGUCUCCAAAGUCCUUGGUUUGUUGUUGACCAUGUCCGCUAGCUGGGUCUCAUGGGUUCAGAAGUCGGCAGAACCUGUUCCUUCUUGGGAAUGAUGGGACCCAGCAAGCCCCAGCCUCCCUUGGGCUCUGAUGCACCAAAACCCAGAUUGGCUAUAGCUGUGGCUUUUCAGGUUGGCCUUCCAAGAACGGGAGUCCCAGCCCUUGGGUAUCACCUAGGCUCCCUUUUCCUGUUUUGAUGCUGGCUCAGCCAGGCCCGGAGACAGGGGUACGAUGUCUUAAUCCUGGCUAAAGCCGAGAUGGACGGAUGCCCACUGACUCUUCCAUCUGCCAUGUGCCCUUUCCAGUCCCUAUGGCCCCACACGGCCCACACUCCAGUACAAGACCUACAGCAGGCCUCCCGGCCUCCCUGCACUUCCCACCAAAAGCAGGUGGGGUGGGGACAGAUUGGUGGCCAGCUCUAGGCUUGCUUCUGGCUAAUGGUAGGACACUCAUAAAUCAGGGGAACCAGAAAUGGGUCUAUGGAAUGUCUGGGCGGGUGAGCCAUCAAUUCUUAGGGGUGAGGAAGUGGGGACAAGGUGGGUGGGACCCUAGUGGCUUCCCUGAGCCAGAGUGCUGGCAGUGAGUUUAGUCCCCAGGGCAGGCAGAGAAUAAAUUGAGGGCCCCAGGGUCUCUCGGCAUCCUGGGACCUCCCUGUCACAAUGGCUGCGGGGAGACUGAUGCUCGUGUUUCUGCUGCUGCUGUUCUUGUACCUGGGCCUCGGCUGGAGCCCUGGUCCUCAAGGGGCUCCAGCGGCAGAAGAUGAGAUCUCAUCUGAGGAGAUGGCAGAGACCGGAGAGACCUGGAAGCCCCAUCAGGGUAACAACCACGUCCGCCUUCCAAGAGCCCUGGCUGGGCCAUGCCAGCUGUGGAGCCUGACCCUGCCGGUGGCUGAGCUGGGUCUGGGUUAUGCCUCAGAGGAGAAGGUCAUCUUCCGGUACUGUGCUGGCAGCUGUCCCCAGGCCCGUACCCAGCACAGCCUGGUGCUGGCCCGGCUGCGAGGGCAGGGUCGAGCCCACGGUCAGCCCUGCUGCCAGCCCACCAGCUACGCUGAUGUGACCUUCCUCGACGAUCGUCACCGUUGGCGGCAGCUGCCUCAGCUCUCAGCCGCUGCUUGUGGCUGUGGUGGCUAGCUCUGGGCCUCGGAAUCACGAGCGUGAGACAGCCUGGGCUUUGAAUGGAUCAGAUGACAUUUAUUAGAAACUUGCAUAAGUGAAGAUGAGAAGGGGACCUGGGACUGGGUAUCAGCAAUUAAUGCAAUAAAAGAAAUGUUCUAAUGGC